AGUCUUCUCACCAAAGAGGUCCUUCCCUGUAGGUGACAUUCAUCUGAAGGGGUAGCUGUAGUAGCGAGAGGCGAGCUGUAAAUUAUUAUUAUUAAGAAGCCAUGGCGCAGGCGGUGCAGAAACUGGUUGCUAAAGUACCAUCUUUGGUUGGCGCCGCUGUGAACUACUCGAAGCCCCGGCUAUCGACCUUCUGGUACUAUGCCCGUGUGGAGCUGGUGCCACCUACCCCAGCUGAAGUCUCGAAGGCAGCAGCUGGAGUUACCGACCUCGUCAAGGCCUUCCAGGCUGGCCGUGUGGGUCAGACCACAGUCAGGGAAGCUCUGAAGAACGGUCUGGUCGCCACAGAAGUUCUGAUGUGGUUCUACAUUGGAGAGAUCAUUGGAAAAGGAGGCAUUGUGGGAUAUGAUGUGUAAAAUGUGGACUGUCCUUGUUGCUUGUUUCCUCUUUGUUGAAGCCCUUUGUUUCCAGUUUGAACUUCUUGGAAUCCAGGAACUAAAUAAGUGUAUUGUUUAAAGUCAUAUGUGCUCAGGACAACGAUGGAGGGCAGGUUAUGCCAGUUUUCAUAAUAAAAACUAACUUGGGCCAUUA